AAUAUACCCAGCAGGUAAGCUGUUCUGAUAUUAUCACUUCAUUGCAAAAUGCUUACAUAACAUUUUUUUUCAUUUUUUUUUAUGGAUAUCAAUUCUGAUUAAGAAGACGCCAUGACGAUUUCGGUAAAGUUAACAGUUCUGCUCUAUGUGUUAUUACCAGUUUUCUCUCAAGAUUUACAAGAAGUAACAAUUAGUACACCACUUGGUGGACUUCUUGGUUUACGUCGGAGGUUAUCGGGUGAUGAUGUUUAUGAAUUCAAGAAUAUACCGUUUGCUAAAGCACCUGUCGAUAAUUUACGGUUCGAGAAACCACAGCCGUAUGGAUCAUGGGACAAUACUUUAGAUGCUAGACACUUUGGUCCGUCAUGUAUUCAAGAUAUGACCGGAAUGGAAUCCUUUCUCAAAAAUACAAAUAUCUCUGAAGAUUGUCUUUAUCUCAAUAUAUAUAUUCCACAUCAUGUUUCGACCGAAAGUAGUAAAGCUGUUAUGGUCUGGAUCCAUGGCGGGGGUUAUUCCUCAGGACAAACCGCGUUAUAUGACGCAGCAUAUCUAGCUGUUGCAGGAGAUGUUAUAGUUGUUACUGUUCAAUACCGUUUGAAUAUUUUUGGUUUCUUUGCAACCGGCAAUAGUAAAGGUAAUCAUGGAUUAUGGGACCAGAUUUUGGCGAUACAGUGGGUAAAAGAUAAUAUAGCCUCGUACGGGGGUAACAGCCAAUCGAUCACAAUAUUCGGAGAAUCAGCUGGUGCAUUUAGUGUGGGUUUAUUAUCUGUAAUGCCACAAAAUCAAGGACUAUUCCAGAGAGCUAUAAUGCAGAGUGGAACCGCUAUCUCAGAAAUCAGCAUGGGAUUAAUUACACGCUAUGCCUCAUCACAGGUAGCAAACAAUGUGGGAUGUUCUCAAUUAGAUCCUGGGGAAUUAUCUCAGUGCAUGAAAUACGUUGAUGCAAACGUUUUAUUAGAAGAGGCAGGAAAAGAAUUUUCAUCUAGUUUUAUCCAAAUUCCAUUUGCACCAAUAAUUGAUGGCGAAUUGCUGCCAGUUCAACCAAAACAAUUGCUACUUGAUUCAUCAACUUCUGGAUUUUUCAAGUCACUGGAUGUCAUCAUUGGAAUAAACUCAGGAGAGGGUUCGCUUAUGUUAGACUUUUUUCUAUACGGAGGUCAAGAUUUGUUUCAAUUUAACGCAUCAGAUCACAUACCAAAACGGAUGCUUUGUGACGUUCUUGUUCCUGAUAUUGCGAAUGUAGUGUUUAAUAAUAACACAGACAUUGCCGUUUCUAUAUGUGAUAAAUACGGUUCAGCAUCAUCACGUGACCAACUUAGUCAAGAUAUUCUAAAUGUUUAUACAGACCUGGGAUUUAUGGUCCCAGCAGUGGAAUCCCUGCGCCUUCACACAGGAAAUGGUAACGGAAAACAAUUUCAGUAUAUUUUCUCUAAACAGAAUUCCUUUUUUACCGCCACACCUUAUCCAGAUUGGUUUGAUGGUUCAGCUCACGCCGCAGAUCUAGUUUAUUUAUUUUUCCCGGGAACACUUUCUACGGACCAAGAUGGAGAGCUAUCUAUGAAUUUGUUUAAGUACUGGACUAAUUUCGCCAAAACAGGAGAUGUCAAUGGAGAAGACCUGCCAAAAUGGGAAGAAUAUGACACAACAAAUGAACGUUAUAUCAAUUUAGAUAUCAACAUUACAACUGGCCAACACAUGUUUAAGGACCGUGUAGACUUCUGGUUGAAUGACAUCCCUAGAAUAUUAAACCCAUCAUCAUCAUCAUCAUCAACACGCAGGCCAAUUAUACAAACAUCGCCAACUAGUGGUAGUCAAAGAGUAUACAGAAAUGAACUGUUAAUAAGUUACUUUCUUUUGAUGUACGUUGUGUUGUGUUAUUAUAGAUCUAAUUAACUAGAGUGUUUUAUAUAUAUUUUAGAUAUAAUAUUGAUAUUCCGCUGCACUUUAGAAGGCAGCAAUAAUUUGUGCAUCAAGUUUACAUCCUUGAUUUAACUUACUUUAUUGUUUUCGUUUUUUAAAGCUGAACUUAAAUUUAAGCUUUUAACUAAAAUGAUUUUCAUCUCUUUUAGAAUGGAUGUAUCUAGUCCUAAAAGAGGGACGAAAGAUACCAAAGGGACAGUCAAACUCGUAAAUCUAAAACAAACUGACAACGCCAUGGCUAAAAAUAAAAAAGACAAACAGAAAACAAUAGUACACAUGACACAACAUAGAACUUGCUAUAUAAUAUUUGAUAUCUUUAUUAUAAUAAGAAUACAGUAUGUUGUUAUCUUAUUAGCUUUAUAUAAAUAAAUAAAGACAAUAGUAGUAAACCGCUGUUCAAAAGAAAUAAAUCGAUUGAGAGGAAACAAAUCCGGGUUACAAACUUUAACCGAGGGAACAAAUCAACAACGGAUUAACAGAAACAUAUACAACUAACUCAUUAGUUUAAUACAACUAACCCAUUAACUUAAUAAGACUAACUCAUUAGGUUUAUACAAAUAACUCAUUAAGUUUAUACAAAUAAUUUAUUAGGUUAAUACAAAUAACUCAUUAAGUUUAUACAAAUAAUUUAUUAGGUUAAUACAACUAACACAUUAAGUUUAUGCAAAUAACUCAUUAGGUUUAUACAAAUAACUCAUUAAGUUUAUACAAAUAACUCAUUAAGUUUAUACAGAUAACUCAUUAAGUUAAUACAAAUAACUCAUUAAGUUUAUACAAAUCACUCAUUAAGUUUGUACAAAUAACUCAUUAAGUUAAUACAACUAACUCAUUAAGUUAAUACAACUCACUCAUUAGGUUUAUACAACUAACUCAUUAGGUUUAUACAACUAAAUCAAUAUACUUAUAUCUGAAUAAAAAGUUCUCAUUGGGC